AUGCUAACGCUGCAGAGAUUGGAGCAGGAGGUGGUCGGUGGGGAGCAGGCCCGUAACAAAGAAUUCCAGCAACGACAGCGACAGAGGAGGAAGGUGGCUGAUCAGAGGAAAGCUCAACUUGUCAAAGCUUUGUCUGACAACAGCGAGGAGAGCGACAACGUGCUCUUCAGCGUCUAUGACUCCAUCCAAGAGGAGGUCCACGCCAAAGGCCAGAUGCUGCUCAAGGUCCAGGGAAAGCUCAAAGCGGCAAAACUGGAGAUCCGUGACCUGCAGGCCGAGUUUGAGGAGGAGAGGAACGACUACCUGGCCAUCAUCCGCCGCCUGGAGCGCGAGGGACAGCUCCUGCACGGCCUGCUGGAGAGGAUGGCCCCCCUGGUGCGCCGCGACUGCAACUACAGCAGCCUGGACCGCCUGAAGAAGGAGGCCGUCUGGGACGAGGAGAGCAUCACCUGGAGACUUCCAGAUGUGACAGUCCAGAGGACGACGCUGCCUACAGCAGUGGCUCCAAAGCUCUCCCCUCCCAGAAGCCUGACUGCUGAGACAGAAGCGUUAGUGGUGGACGAUGACAGGUACAAGCAGAUGCUGGAUCGCAGUGACAGUGAGAACAUCGCCAACACCUACUUUAGGUCAAAGAGGGCCAGCCAGCUUCUUGGGGGCCAAACAACCAAGGGACACGCCACAUACUCCCCCUCCUUCCUCAACGCGAACACAAGCAUGGAGUCUGCCAUGCCCCGCCCCUUCCGCCUGGAGUCCCUGACUGUCCCCGCAUCCACUGGUAAGACCAGACGUAAAAAAAACAAAUAUCAUCAAUAACGGAAGCCAGCGACAGAAUUGAUUUCAACUUUGGACCAUCAGUGUGUUACGUCAUGUUAUUACUACUCUGUCAUUUAGUAGUGCAUCUCAAUAAAGUGGAAUCUUUUUGAAAGCUAAUUCAUCUCAGUAGUUCAGUUCAAAAAGUGGAACUCCUACUCUUCAAAUUCACUAUGGACAGAAAUAUUUCAAGAAUGUCCCUUAAUUAUCUAAAUAUCUAAAACAACAAAUUCAGUACCUCAUCAAAUUUUAGAAAUGUGUCAAACUGUUUAAUAUUGUGAACAAAUUAAAAAAAUGCGCUGCAAAAACCCUUUGAGCCUUGACUAGGUCUCUUUGUCUUAAUUAAAGUCCCAAUUUCACAUUGUGCACAAUAUUCUAAUUAAUUGAGAUGCGCUACUAUAAAAUCUUUACUUAAAAACUGUAAAACUUAGUUUUAGCGUAAAAACUAACUGUAACCAUCUUUACACCAAUCAACAUUAUCAGUUAGAAUGCUGAAAAUUAUUUUUCAUAAUACAUGUACAGUCAGUGUUAAUAAAUCUUUCAGUAUAUUGACGAUGUUGCUGAUACUCAUUAUCUUUGUGUUGAUAAACCGAGUCAUGUUAAGGUGGUCUGAGGUACAUUGAUGGCGUAGAAAGCAGAGAAAGGACAGACUGCUUAGUUAAUACGGAUGUCGGGCUCAAGCUCAUCUGAUAAUGGAAGAGCAGCUGGCCCACAAGUAAGAUGAGU